AAUUUCAUAGCACCAGAAGGAUGACAAGGACAAGGAGAAGGAGGAGGAAAUGCCUUCCCCAGAGAACCUACAGCCCCAGCUCCCAUGCUCAGUUCCAGGGAAAAUAAAGUCAAUGUUUAUGGAAGGAAAAAUGCCAGCUUCUCUGAGAAAGCUGCGGCAAAUGGCUGUUUUCAUGGGGCUGUUCAGCGGCGGGGGAUGCAUCGUGAUGUACAAUCUUAUGCAAAAAAGUUUUGCCAGGACCCAGUAUUACCAGCAAGCUUUGGAGCAACUGAAGAGCAAUCCUGAUGCCCUGGCAGCCCUGGGUGCCCCCCCUCUUAAGGUUCACAACAUCCACCUGACAGAUGGGAGCAAUCGCGUGGACACAGAAAGAGCGCGGAUAAAGUUACCAGUCUCUGGAACAAAAUCAGCAGGCUGCCUCUACAUUAAUGCAGAGAUGGACCACUCCCAUCAGCGCUGGUGCCUUCAGGAUGUCACCUUGAAACUGCGGGAUGGUCAGAAUAUUCCCGUUUACCACUCUCCAGUGGAAAGCAUUGGUGUGCAAGAAGGCUAAAAAUCAGGGACAGCUGCAUCUCCGCCUCCCAUUGAGCCAGAGGAGCCAUUAAUCGAUUGCAUCCUGCUGUGUCUGUGAAUGUACACAGUUGUCACAAGUGACAGUUUCACUUAAAGCGGUGCUCUCAAGACAAUUUUCUCUCCAAGAUUUACCUCAUUAUUGUUGCAAUGGUAAUUUCUUUCUUUUGCUGGUUUAUUCAUGUGUUUAAUAGAAGCCUAAAAUAAAUAUCUUGCAUAAGAGUUGCUGUUGCAGAGAA